CAACGAAGCUCCAGGUAUGGUGUUGAUGAUGAUGAUGUUCCUCUGGCUUUUCUGGAUCUCCACUUUUCCUGCCGUGGCGUCCGCUGGCCGAUCACAAGAAGGGCGGAACCUCUUUGCCCAGCGAGGAUGCUGCAAGCGCCAAACAAAGCACGUCUACAUCGGACAGGAUGUCUCUGGUAGUCCGGCGAGCAUUGAUGUUGGCACGUGCCGGACCCAUUGUGGGGGUUCCCAGAGGAUGACAUCCUACAUUGCGGGAGUCCUUGGCCUCUCCAGACCAUCCUCUAUGCUGGAAUUCCUUAAAACUAAGAAGUUUCAGGAUCGGUUCUUGGAAACGCCGCCGUCUAACAAGGCUGAACGUUCUUGCCCGCUGGACUACCACUGUGAGCCCAGCAGCAUCCGGUUGGAGAACGUGCUUCUUCUCUCUGGCCUCCGGCAAGUGGAGGUGAUAGAGGGCUGCCACUGCAGUCCAAGCCCAGCUGAGUGUCUCCGGUUGCCGUCCCUUAAAACCUUCUUCCCAGACUCCCCGCUGGAGAAGACCAUAGAUGUCGGCAAGUGCUCCAUUCCACCGCAUUCUGAAGACGGGCUGGUCUGCGUGCCCACACAUUUUGACAUGGUUCUGCUGAAGAGUCCCAACGGGAAUGACGUGGUCCAAACACUGGAGAGCUGUGAGCUGAGAGAGUCUUGCUACCGGGUCUCCCAUCGGGAAUAUUACUUUGAAGUCCUGCUCAACUCCGCCGGGGAAAGGCAGGAGCACCUGAAGGAAAUCGAUGUUGGCCGGUGCUUGGGGGGAUGCGUCUCAGGGAAACGUUGCCUGCUGAGGGAUUCCCACGCUCCGGACAAGUGCCUAUUUUUGACAGAGGGCGUCUUCACCCGUUGCAUCCCACGGCAGUAUGAGACUCAUACUUUCCGAAGCCGGAGUGGCCAGCUGCGCACUGUCUUCUCAAUCCAGGCCUGCAAGUGCGAUGUCUGAAGAGGCAUUUUUGUCUUCCCAGAAACUGGAAUCUUGCAACUGAAACGGGGGUACAGACUGCAAGCCGAGGGAGGGAGCAACGUGUACGAUAUGUAAAUGAGAGACCAUGGCGAUUGUGUAAAUAAAAAUAUAUUUUGAAAGAAA